AUUAAGCAUGGCGCAAACCCCUAAAAUGUUCGGAAAAUAGUUGGUCGCCGCGACGUCAAGCUAUAGGAGCGCCGUUUUAGCGAUCUAUUUCUUCGGGUCCUAUCAUGUUUUCUUGAACUGCACUUAUACUCUGAAUAUCUAAAAGAAAUGGCGUUUUUUACAAGUUAUAGGAUAACCUCCUUUUAUAGUUCAAUUUUCCUUCUGUUUCUCCUCCAGUCUCUAGUGCUUACUUCUCAUAUCAAGAGAUCAAGACAUCACAGGGAUUCCGAAACAACAGUUUCACCGGAAACCACACAUAUCAUUUUAUUGGAAACAAAUCCUUGUCUGGUCCAUUAUUGUAGAAAAGGUAGAGAAUGUAUAGUUGAAAAUGGACAUCCGACUUGUGUAUGUCAAACCCAUUGCCCACCGUACGAAAGACCCGUUUGCGGUACAGAUGGUCAAAUUUAUUCGAACCAUUGCGAAAUUCACCGAGCUGCCUGCCUCUUAUCAACUUCCAUUACUGCCACUAGAUGGUCGUUUUGCGAAAACAUUGAGAAAGAGCAACUUUCUAAUACCGAUGUUAAUACUACUAUAAAAGGCAUUGGGCUGAAGGAAAACGCAAUUCCAAUUAACCAGAAUGAGCAAUCAACUCCAAUGAACACAACUGCCUUCUCAGAAACGGAAGAAGCACCUCCGGAAGUUACUACUGAAGACCCUGAAUAUAUGGAUAAUGAGAUAGAUGAUGAUGAUGAUGAAAACGACAUAGAAGACGUCAAAAAUGAUAUAUUUUCUGAUAAAGAAGAUUGUUCUAUGCAGGAAUACGAAGUGCUCAAGGAUAAUUUGUUACUCUACAACCACGCCAGGUUGAUGUCUCAGAACAAUCACAGCAAAGAUUAUCUGGUCUCCAUUAUGUUUUCUCAUUACGACAGAAACAACAAUGGAAACUUGGAAGCUACGGAGUUGAAUGAGAUAUCUGCUCAAGAGCGACUAGAUACUCUGAGUAAAGGAUGCUCGUUAUCUAACAUGAUUCAAUUCGAUGAUACAGAUCAUGACGGGAAGCUUAGUAUCAAUGAAUUCUACGUAGCGUUUAGUAAACUUUAUAGUGUUUACGUUGUUUCCUUGGAUAAAGCUUUAGAAACAAAUCACCUAUCGGCACGUGUUGGUGAUAAUGUCGAAAUAAAGUGUGACGUGACAGGAUCUCCGGUUCCUCCUAUAGUGUGGAGAAGAAACAACGUCGAUUUAGCUACACUCAACGAAGAAGACGUUAGAGUUUUUGGAGAUGGCAGUUUAUAUUUGACCAGGAUUCAAUUGCAACAUGCCGGAAAUUAUACUUGUCAUGCUCAGAGAAACAAGGAUAUCGUUCAAACACAUAUACUCACAGUACAUACUGUACCUGAAGUUCAUGUAACUCCAAGAUUGCAGUCCAAGCGACCAGGAGAAGACGCUCUCAUGUUGUGUCAUGUGGCAGGCGAACCAUUUCCGAAAGUUGAAUGGCUAAAAAAUGAUGAGCAUCUUAAAACGGAAAUUCCUAGAAAAUAUCAAAUUAUUGGCAAUGGUACUUCACUUAGAAUAAGAAACAUCGCCUUCGCAGAUACGGGUGCUUAUAUGUGUCAAGCAGCUAAUAUAGGAGGGUUGACCAGAGAUAUUAGUUCGCUAGUAGUGCAAGAACAACCGACUCCAAGCUCUCCAGACGAAGAGCGUCGUUUUUUCGCUUUUCAUGAUUGGGGAGUAUCGAUCUAUGAACCAUCUACGUGUCGUUUAUAUCACAGAAUACAAUCUACCGAUAUUAUACCAGGAACACAAGAAUACGUAUGUGGCGACAAAGGUGUCAAAUGUGAAUGGGGUAAGGCCAUAAAUGUAGCAAAUAGAUACGUAUACGCCAGCCAACCUAAUAGGGAUAGAAUUCUGAUAAUAUCCAAAGUGCAAAUGGUUGUUGUAGAUGUAGUUAGCACGGAUAAAUACCCAGUAGAAUUACAUCAUGUGCCUCAUCUGGAUCAAGUAUGGAUAUUGAACUGGAGAUCUACAAAUAAUACCGGAAUCAAAACUAUACAGGUUAUAAGAGACGCUGGUCAGAAGAGGAAACAUCAUACAGUACACCCAGAGCCAAUAGAUGGGCAAUUUGAUUUGGUCACUGGAUUAUUUAUUCCUUCUCCUUUACAGGAAUUAUCUCACUAUAGCUUCAAGUACGGAUACGUGACUCAUACUAAUCAAAGGGGAUUGUACAAAUUAGAUUUGGUUAAUCUGCGUUAUACGAGUUCGGUGGAUCUUACGCCUUACAACUGUGUACCGACUCAAGUUAGAUUUUCUUCAUUGUACGGUAUUGUGAUAAUGCAGUGUCUGGAACCGAUAACUAGUAGACCGACAGGACAGCUCGUUCUAGAUUAUUUAACUGAUAGCGUUAUUGCUAUCAAGCCAAAUCUACCAGGAGUACCAUACAUUUCGCCAGAUUCCAGAAAACUAGUCACAUUAGACCGAACUACCAGUGGUGCUACACUCAUUGUCCAGGAAAUUACGUCAAAUGGAUUAUCCUUCAACUUCGAUGUCAAAACUACUUUGAACAUAUCGGAUAUAACAUUCUAUCCAAGUCAAUCAACUCACAGCUACGACAUCUAUGCGUCGGCUCAAGAUAAAGAAGGGAUACUUUUUCUCAAUCUAUUAACUGGUAAAGUAGAAAUGAUCACUGGAGUGGGUAGAGCAGUUCCGCUUCAUCUAAUAAAAUGGAAUAACCCAAAUAGACCGAUCAGCGGAUCUGGACUUUUUGGACAGUAUAUGGUAACUCCAGCUAACGAAGCUUUAUUUGUUAUUAACGGCAGAUCGAGAACAGUGAAUUGCGAAAUCGGAGGUGUACUACAUCCCAGUCAUGUUGUGUGGACAACAUUGAAAUUUCAUUAGUUAGAAAAUUUUUCAUGAAGCAUUAUUUUCACGUCCCCAAGAAGCACUAACAAGAUCACCGUAUUCAAUGCCUCUACGGGAUAGGAAAUUUAGCUCCUUAUUCCAUUUGUUUCAGUUUGUUUAUUCAGAUAUUGUGGACGUUUCAAUUGUAAUCACCUUUAGAGCCUUAUUUUUACGGACAGAUACUAAGAUCAGCGAAUUUACAUAUAUACAGUACGAUUGUAUCAUUUAUGAUUUGAAACAUUCAUUUUAUAAUACUGAGAUUCUAAAUAUGUAUCAAGUUAUCAAGGAAAGGGUAAAUUUCAACUGAAAUCAUGUCCACUCAUGAUUCAUGACGGAAAUAAUUCUGAAUUAAUUAUUAAACUAUCUACUGUUUGAUAUUCGAAUAAUUGUCAUGUGUAAUACGAAAGUCAAUCAAAUAUGAAGGAUAUUUUUCUUUGAAUAAAAUUCAUUUCACAAGAAACAGUUACAUUUCUAAAUUUUUCUAUAUAAUUCUAGCCUAACAUAACCAUUUUUUGCCUUGAGGUAGGGCGGAAGCCUUCCUUUGAGCUUUGUGGACGCCGCGGGAGGACAACGGAUUCUCAUAUCUUCGGCGCACCUAAUAUAACCUAACCUAACUUAUCUGAUCUGACUUAACCUAACCUUAUUUUACACAACCUAACCUAAGCUUGAGACUUUGUAUUAGAAGGAAAUAAAUGGGGGCCACUCCUAAACCUCAAUUUAAGCCUUGUUUCUUCGGUAUUUACACGAAAAAUAUUACCUUCAUAUAUCUUAUUUAUAUUCAGAAAAUGUAUUUCAUUCUAAUGCAAUGUCUUAAGCUUGUAAGUGUGAAGCUUUUAAACUUGGGGAUGGACGCAGGGGAUAAUUUUCUGAAAAGAACCGCUCAAAAAAGUAUAAGAAAAAAUAGAUCAAAAUUCAAAAGAAAGAAGUUAAGUUCUUUUCUACUAGAAGAAAUUCAAAUUUUAUUCCCAAAUUUGUUUUCCUUGCGCCCCUGCAAAGUGGUCAAAAAGAUUUCUUUUCAGUAUAAUACUACAUCUCCACAAUUAAUUAUUGUUGUAAGAAUAAGUUAUAUUACGAUGAAAAUUUUGAAAUCGACCCCAAUACUGAAGAUUCGUCGAAUAUGCUCUGAAGAAAACAAAAAUUGUGGCUCCUUAAAUGCUAAACAAAAUGUAGUAAAAGGCUCAAUAACGAAUAGGCUCAUUAUUCGAGACCUUUAGUUAGCAUAUCUACUAUUUUUAAUGCUUCAAAAUUCCUUACAUUUGGUAGAGAGAAGAAAAUAUUUAAAAAAACAUAUAAAAAACAUGAAAAAUCCUCGAAACUAGGCAAAUUGCGGUACCUCCUGUUUCCCCCCACCUCGACAUAUCGAGCUUAUAUAUACGUUGAAAUGUCAUAUUUGACCUCUACUACUCGAAUAUCAUACCGAAAAUUCGAUCCUGAAGAAUGUAUUCGAUCUAUUGAAGAAAAACCACAAUUUUGACGUAUUUGUCACAAAAAUCGAAAAAUGGGGAAUUUUUCAAUUUGAAAUUUGGGGCACCUCUCGAGGUAGAAUAUCGAAAGUAAUGACAUAUUUAUUUUCAGCAAGGUCAAAAUAUGUAAAAUCUACCUUAGGAACAUCAAACUUGCU